CUGUGCUCGGGGAUCGAAAAAGAGCGGCAGAUUCCAUUCAAAUCGCGAUGCAAGUUGGGCAGACAUUCUUCGUGGUUCCAUGCAUAGAUAAAAGCCAAGAUGCCAAGAACACGCGAGAAAGCCUCCUGGGACCGAGCGGCGUAGGGCUUCGACAAGGCCUGGUAGAAGGCCGAGAUUUCCAAUUGCUGGAGCGACUCGAAUGGGAGAAAUGGAAGGCCGACAAUGACCGUGCCGUGGAAAUCCCCCGUCAAGUGAUCGCGCGAGGUAGAGGAUCACAUGCGGAAAAAGUCGUCGAGUUGUAUCCGCUGCUUGUCGAGGUCCAUUUCUGGGCAAACGGCAUGACUGCAUCGGCACCAGUUCAGAUGAAGAAAGGCGUGAAUCUACACAUCCUCUUGAGCGCAACGUUGGACGUAUCGUCCAUCAAGAAUUUGCUGUGGAGCCGCAUCUCGUCGCGAUACCACGAACUCUUCCCCGAAUACGCUCGGAGUACGGAUAUCCUUGGGUACAAAGCCGUGAACGACGGCAACUGGGCACGCCAUAUACGCGUGUGCACCAAGUCCCGUCGCGAAGACGACUCGUGGCAGACGCUGGACGAGUCGCCAAUGACCCCAGACGACGACGUCCCACGUCAACGCACUGUCGGCAGCCUCAACUUGACGUCCGACGUCGAUGCGUCGUGUGUGUUUUUGGUGGAAUGCCCCUUCAUCAACUCAACGGAUGCGAGAGAUCCUCGCAAUGGCGAGUACUACAUGAGUGAAGUGGAGGACCUGGGAUGGCGACCCAUGCUUCAGGUCGGCGAUUACGUCGACGCCAAGGACACUGGCAACAAUUGGUACGAGAGCGUCGUGAUCGACGUGAAACCGGAAAAGGUAAAGGUCCAUUACUUGACAUGGGGAGACAAGUGGAACGUUUGGUUGUCGAGGGACUCGUCAAAGCUCGAGCGAUUGCAUUCCCGCGCCGACGAGUGGCGGUCGACGUUGGGGAAAGGCGCGCCGGUGGAAUUCAGCACGGCGGCAACCACAGGCAUCCGGGGAUCGUGGGUGGAGGCUACCGUCGUGGACGUGCAGGUCGUGGAGGGGGACGACGAAGGGACUGACGACGUGUGGCCCCGUCCGCCGCCUCGAUCUUUGUACACGGGCAAAACCAUCCGAGUCAAGGUGCAGUUUACAAGCGGGGGGUUGCCGCACACGAAGUCAUUGGACGCGUCGUCGGAACUGCUCAGUGCGCCCAACGUCCACAUCCGACGCCAGACGACGGCGGCGGUCGUCGCCACGGACAUUGUCAAGGCCGACUGCCCCCAAUCCAACUACUCGUACUCGUCGGGGACGUACACGACCAACCGAAACACAUCGUGGUCGACGCCGUCGUCCAGUGGGUACCAUUCAACCAAAUACACGGCCAAAGCCGAGUUUCAAGGGGUCGUGGGGCUGCAUAACCUGGGCAACACGUGCUUUCUCAACAGCGUGUUGCAAUGUUUGAGCAAUUCCAAGCCCUUGCUCGACUACUUUUUUCAAACGGACAACGACGGCGGGCGGGUGUACAUGCGCGAGAUCAAUCCCCGCAACCCCCUGGGCAUGGGCGGGAAGAUCGCCAAGGCGUACGCCAAGCUCAUGGAGAAGAUGUGGUCGGGCGAGUCCAAGGUCGUGACGCCGUCCGACCUCAAGUACGUCAUCGGCGAGUACGCGCCGGCGUUUGCCGGGUACGCGCAGCACGACAGCCAGGAGGUGCUGAGCUUCAUCCUCGACGGCAUCCACGAAGACUUGAACCGCGUGCUGGAGAAACCGUACACCAAGCCCAUCGAACACGCCGGCCGACCGGACGCCGAUGUGGCGAAGGAGGAGUGGGCCAACUACCUCUUGCGCAACGACAGCGUCGUGGUGGACCACUGCAUGGCGCAACUGCGGAGCCACGUCACGUGCCCGUCCUGCCAGAACGAAUCCAUUACGUUCGACCCGUACAUGUCGCUGUCGCUUCCCGUGCCCAACCAGGCGUGGGUCCUCUUGACACUGCAUGGCAUUGGCAGUCGUCCGACGCAGUUUGGCCUACAUGUGCCGAAAGAAGGGGUAUAUGCGGACGUCAAGGCCGCGCUGAGCGCCCAGAGUGGCGUCCCCAUCGAUCGGCUCUUGGUGGUGCAAGUCAAGCACAACCGGAUCGUCCGGUCGUAUGCCGACUCGAUGGACAUUGGCGACUUGGUGUACGCGACCCACCGCGACGUUGGCGUCGUCGCGUACGAGGUCGAGUACCCGGUGGGCCAGUACGAGGUUCGGUCGCCGACGCUGUACUCGCUCAGUUCGGCGUCGACGUUGGACCUGAACCAGCGAUCGCCGGGUGAACUGGCGCUGUGUCUGGUGGCGCUGCAGCACCAAGUGCCGGCGACCGUGACCGAGCCGAGCAGUCCGUCCGAAGACGACUCGGAGCAGCCGCGCACUACGAACUGCAGCUAUCGGUACAACACGAACCACCACACAAAGCACCGCCGGGUGGAGCGGCAGCUGUUUGGUGCGCCCGCGCUCGUGUCGAUCACUCGGGACGCGUCGAGCGCCGAGAUUCACGACAAGAUCCGCCAGGUCACUGAACACCUAGUGGACCCGGACCUGCAGGAGACGCCGUACAAGCUGCAUGUGUCCAACUCCCGCGCCGAUACCUUUCUCCACAGGGAUGUGUCGGAAGAGUCGGCCGACCCCCUUCCAAACGACAUCACGCGCGGCAGCUUUACGUUUACAUUGGAAUGGACGCCCCACGGGUACGCCCUUGAUACAAGGAAGGACGGUUGGGAUGCGAGUCGCCGCGGCUGCAUGUGUCGGCCGACUCAAAGCCAGCGUCGUCGUCGCUCGAUCUUCGCACGUGCAUUGCCAAGUUUACGGAAAAGGAACAACUGGGCGAAAACGACACGUGGUACUGUCCGAAAUGCAAAGCCCACGUCCGCGCGUUCAAGAAGUUUGAUUUGUUCUCACUGCCCAAUAUCUUGCUCCUGCACUUGAAGAGGUUUCGGUAUGCGCAGGGGUCGUACUCGAUGCAGCGAGACAAGAUCAACACCCUCGUGACGUUCCCUGUCUCGGGCUUGGACAUGGCCGACUUUGUCGUGGGGAACAUCCCCCCCGAUACAUCCACAGUGUACGACUUGUAUGCCGUGUCCGAGCACAUGGGGGGGCUGGGGGGGGGGCAUUACACCGCCAAGGCCAUGAAUCCCCGCAACCACAAAUGGUACAGCUUCAACGACAGCAGUACCAGCGACACGACUGCCGACGACGCCAUCACGUCCCAUGCUUAUGUCUUAUUCUACUUGCGCCGCGCCUUGCCCACGCGAUAGUCGUUUAUCCAAACCAUGGCGGCGUACUUUCGACUUGGUUCCAUCAAAAAUGAAAUAUCACCAUUUUCAAUUGUCAUCCUUCAAGUAUCCAAUCACUGCCAAGCAUCGUGGCAAAAAUCCUCGUUUCAAC